CUCCUUGGCCGGCCGCUUCCGGGAUUUGCAAAAUGGAGGACGGGGGCGGCGGCGUUGAUGGCGAUCGGGGCGAGGGGCCUGGCGCCGUUCCCAUGGCGACGACGCUGUUCCGCUGCCCGCUCUGCCGGUGCAGCGCUUUCGCCGGUCGGCGCAGCCACCUCUACAGCGUGGGGCACCAGAGGCGGCUUCGCGGGGCGCUCGCCCGCCUGAAGGAGAAAGUACGGCCCCGGAGCCCCAGGGGUGGGCGCGGAGGGUCGGGUGAAGUGUCCGAAGGCAGCCGGGCCGAGUUUCGUGCAAGGCUGCACCCUUCGCAUUUCUGCCUGCCUGGCUGCGGGUGGCUUGUCCAAGGAGGAACAAAGAGUGGGCGGGUGGGGGGCUGGUUCCGCAGCCGGUCCGAAAGGGCGUCAGCUGCUCUCUAGAGAGAUUUCACAGGGUCAUAGAGCUGGAAAGGAACACCAGGGUCAUCUAGUCCAACCCCAAGGGGGGCACAAAAAUAAUUGAAAGUACUCAAUUAAUUGAGGUUCUGCCCCCCCCCCCCAGCAGAUGCCUCAACUUUGGCUGAUCUCCUAACAAAAGUUCAACAAUUUUGGCUCCCCCACUUUAACAAAAAUCCUGGCUACGCCCAUGUCCAACCCCCUGCAAUGCAGGAAUGUUUUUGCCCAACAUGGGGCUUGAACCGCCGAUCCUGAGAUUCAGAGGCUUAUGCUCUUCCAACUGAGCUACCCUUCACGCAAGUUGCUAUCCUUCACACAAGUAUUUUUUAUCUUCUUCUCACUUUUGCUUCUCUUUUACAUUUUGCUCAGGUGGCUGCAGCGCGGAAGAUGCUCAGGCGGGCCUCGGUGGUGCCUUUUGACCCUGGGGAGCACGAGCGGCAAUUCUGGUGCAUUUGCUGCAGGCAGGAGGUGAAGUUGCACCUGAGCCAGGGGUCCUUGGCUGUGUUGCAUGGCGGCCUCCUCCAGCACAUGGCCAGGUAAGCUUGGAGAAGAGUCUCCACUCAGGCAGGCCACCUCUUGCCUGGAGCAUGAGGUGGGGGUGUCUGGAAUAUGAAUAGCCUUGUUUGGCUUCCUUAUGUACAUUUUGCUUUUAUUUGCUUUAGUAACACAGUUAUUUUUGAAGGAGAAAGGUGCACAAGCAAUUUUCAUAGCCAAUCAAUUAUAUACUGGACUGUAUCAGUAACCCAGUUUGCAGUCUGAAAUGUGGGAAUCAUAGUAAGUUGGUGGCAGUUUUCAGCAGUGAAAGCAAAACUGGCUGUUUUCAGAGUCACCUUGUUUAUACUAUUUGCAAGUACAUUCCAGUUUUCUUCCAAUUAAUGAAACAGUGGAGCAUAUUUUUCAUAGUUGUCACACACAUACCCCAAACAACUCCUCUGCUGGCCUCUUCUUUGGUAAUUAGGCUCCUGGGAGUGAGUAAAAAACUGACAUAGUUCUAAAUGUGGAUAUGACUUUGAGUGGAAUCAAGUUUGAUUUUUCCAUGCUUGUAAUGAGGCCCCUUUUGUGAGUGUCCGUGCCUGCCCUUGGCUUCUGAUACAGACAUCUUUCACAGCACGCAGAAUUGCUUAAGUUGUUUUCCUCUGAGAUUAUCCUCAGAACUGGAUAAGAACUGUAGCCUGGGCAGUCCUGUUAAAAGUUUGUGCCUUUCUCACUCUUAAGGUGUUUUGGUCUUUUAUUCCUUUUCAAGCGUUGAACAUAAGAAAGCAGUCUAUGCAUUCUGGUGGGAGAACAAAGCAGACCCUAGCCUGAAGUCUCGCUUCUUGGUUUCCUCUGAGGAUUAUGAGCUGUGAGUAGACGCUUUGCCAGUUAGUUUAUGUCGCAUUUUGUUUGCUAGAUUAGCUAUUCCACCUCUUUGACACAGAAGGAAGCUGCUUUAUGCCAAGUCAGACCAUUCAUCCAUCUUGUUCCACGUGGGAAUGAUCAUUAGUGGGCAAUCUGCAGCCAUAGAGACACCCUUGGCCUAAUUUCAACAGCCUUCAUCAAAUACUAAGUCCAUAUCGCUGGCAGAAAUCAUCUCUGUCUCUUUGCUGAUUAGCUUCUGGUCAGGUAUCUCCACAUGCCGCCAGCAUAUGGCCUCUGUCAGUUAUCCCCAAGAGGGAAUGUAGCCCCUUGGCCAAAGGAGAAGAAUUUAUUAGAGGGCCUGAUGGUGGGACAGGGUUAGGUGUUGACCGUACCUGGCCAUUUCAGGGCUUUGAUACUGUUCCUCCUACACUGCUGGGGCUCCCAAAGUAAUUACUCAUUCAGGCUGGAAUAAUUUUUCUGUAAAAUCGUUUUAGAUUUUCUUGUUGUUGCACCACCUGUCUUCUGUGGUAGAAGCAGCAAAAGGCCACUGCCUCGGUUCAUGUUGUUGCUCUACAAACUGAUAUAACUUUUGAAUCUGUUUCAGCUUCAAGGAAUCACUCUCCAAAGCUCUGGAAGCUUAUGAGGAAAAAGAAGAUGAGCUCAUUCAAGAGGUGAGGACAAUAAUGUGUUUGCGUGUGUGAUGUAGGAAUUUGGGUUUCUCCUCUGCUUCAGGUUCUCAUUGUGUCUUCUGCCUACCCCAAUUCUAGGUGGCUGCUCGCAUCAGGGAGGUGGAGCAGAGACGGCAAGAAGUAGUGCAGGCUGCCUUAGAGGUUUGUGUGCCCAGGAUGCACAUGGGCAGUAUCCACCAUUACGUUCACAACUGUUUCUGUGCCCCUUGCCUUUCUCUCUAGUUGUGCUGUUGCCCUGAAACAUGUGAUUUCUCUUUCAACCACUAGGGAAGGUGGUGAAUGUCCCCAGCAGUGACUAUACAAGCAGCACAUCUCAUCUCUCAUGUCCAGUUUAGAUUUCAUUUGUAUGGCCUUCCUUUCCUAACCCCCUUUGUUAGCACAGAGCAGAAACGCCUGGCUGUUGUUUGUGGUCUGGGGCACCCCCACCUCUUGAACGCCCUUUCUGUGACCCCCCCCCCCCCAAAAAUGCAAAGUCCUUUACCGGCCACUAUUUGCUCUAUUGACAAUAAAGCAUUAAAAUAUUCCACCUAAUUAGCUUCCUUUCCUUGAAAUGUCCACACCUUAAGUGUUGGUUAGAGGGCAUCUGUGGGCAAAGCUUAUUUGCAGACCCCCAUUUCCCUCCAAUGCAAGAACAUUUCUUUGCCAUUAUCUCUUGAUGGGCAUUGGUCCACCUUAUUAGUAGUGAUUUCAUUCCAAGGUUGUCCUACAGAGCAGACUUUACUAUGGUAUCUUGAAACAAGUGUUUUUUCCUGAAUCAAACUCAGCAACAGGCAGAGACAGAGCUGUGCAAUGGAGCUGCCACCGCCAAUGCUUUUACAGGAAGCCCAAGGUAAGAGUUGUUUAGUCAUGGUUAUCAGUGGUGUUUACUUUAGAGGCCUCCAUACACCAUGGCCCCUUUCUGCCCUUUGUAAUAUGGCCUUUUCAACCCCUGGGUACCAAAACGUGCUCAUAUACUUUCUGCUUCACUUGAGAAAUUCUGUGUUGUAGUGACUCUGCUUUUGCCACGGAAGAAGAGCAGCAGCCUGGGCCAAGCAGAAAUGUGGCAUUUCUUGAAGGACACCCUGGAUCUGCAUACAGAAGUGUGCCAGAGUCAGAGUGGCAGGAAGCAGGACAGUCUUUAACUUUUAUUGGCCAUCAGGUAGGCAGAUGGGAGCCCACUUCAUCUCUUCACAAUGACCCAUUUGUCCUUGAAAGCCUUUUAGUUUGGGGUUCUGGAUGAAUAUAGCUAACUAGAGUAUGAUUACGCUUUAUUCUCAUAGUGGUGCGGAUUUUAUUGUGUUAAAGGUUGGGUAAUAAUGAGAUAGUUUUAAAAAAAAUUAUUGUAGUCUGCCUGGUUGAAGAUUUUUUUUAGAAAGCAGAAUAUAAAUCUCUUGAAUAAAAAAAAAUCCGCUGCAGGUGCCUUGUACUGCCAUGAAUGGCUUGACUUGAGUGGUAGAGCUCCUACACCAGUGGCAGACCAGCGAACAGUCUGGUGGUCCCUUACCUUUAUUGUACAUAAUAGGAUAUGCCCCAUUCCCAGCUUGAUAUAAGAUUUGGCUGGCACCUUCAUUUUACCUUUAGGCAACAGUCGAACAUGUUCUUCAGUCAGACCUUUGGCUGAUUAUUAUCCUAUUCCCUUUUAAAUGUGUUUGUGGGAGAGGGGUUUAUUGGUUUGUUUUUAUCUUGCAUUUUGUGUUUUUAUCUUGUAUUUUUAUGUUGUGAACCACCGAGAUCUAUGGAUGUAGGGUGGUAUACAAAUUUAAUAAAUUUGUGAACAUGGGGAAUUGGAAUCGGGAGUUACAUUACUUUUAAAAGCUGCAUUGUAUAAUUAAAGGCAACUCUUGCUCCUUCUUUGCAGCAAUGGCAGCUGCCUCUUUACAUACUUCCUCUUCUCUAAAUCAUUUCUACCUUGGUUUUCCCUUUGCUUUUUUGAACACAGGAACCAGCAGAGCGCGGCAACAUUUACACAGGUAUGCUAGCAAAGAUUUGAUUGCUCCACUUUCUAAAACAUGAUUUUGACCUGUCUUAUGAUGAGGUUUAAUAAACUCUGGUCUUACAUGAGAAAGAUCCUAACUGUGGUUGCAAAUAGAGAAUGCCCAAAAACACAGAUUCUUAAGAAUAGCCACGUUAACAGAAACAUAGGAAGCUGCCUUACACAGACCACUUGUCCAUCUAGCCCAACAUGGUUGACUCUGUGACUAACAGUGGCUCUCUGAGGUUCCAGAAUCUUUCCCAGCCCUACCUGUAGACACCAGGGUUUGCACCUUGUACCUUUUGCAUGUAAAGCAUGUGCUCUGCCACGGAGGUUUUUAAAAAAAAUAUAAUUUUAUUAGUUUUUUUUAACAUAUCAUUUUCAACAGUAAUUAAACAUACUUUUAAAUCUUAUUCAAUUUUUUGACUUCCAUCAAUCUUGUCUGAAAUUUUUCCCAAUCUAAUCUCUCAGUAUGCAUUUCUUAUCUUCCCUAUUACAUUUCAAACUCAUAACCAAUAUCUCUGUCUUUUUCUACUUUGUAACACUUCCUAUAUUUCUCCUUACAAAACUUCUUGUAGUCCUACUAGCGUAAUUUGAUUUCAGUUGCUCUUCAAAUAAUUCAUAUAUUUCUUCUAAUCUUCUGUAAAUCUCUGGUCCCACAGGUUUCGAAUCCUUCCUGUCAUUUUGUCCAAUUCUGCAUAGUCCAUUAAUUUCGUCUGCCAUUCUUCUUUCGUCAGAAUUUCUUCUUGUUUCCAUUUCUGGGCUAACUGGGCUCUUGCCGCAGUUGUUGCAUAUAAAAACUAUUUAACAUCUUGCCUAUUAAUGUCCUGACCUAUAAUACAAAGUAAAAAUGCUUCUGGUUUUUUAAAAAAUGUAUAUUUCAACAUCUUUUUCAUCUCAUUAUAUAUCAUUUCCCAGAAGUUCUUUACUUUUUUUUUACAUUCCCACCACAUUCCCAUGGAGGUUUCAACCCUUGUUCAGGAAGGUAAAAAAUAUUAAAGAUACCUUAUUGCAUUCUCUGGAAAGAUAAUGGCCCCACAGAUGGGGAGGCUGCCAUUUGACACAGAGGUAAGAAGAAUGGGGCUGCUCUAACUUGUCAUCCUUCCAUACUUUAGGGGCCAAACCCCCUUGGCUGAUGGAGGAGGAAGGGGAAGGCACACCACAGAUUGGACCUUCUUACGAAGAAUUUCUCAAGGAAAGUGAGUAUGCAGAAAUUUGGCCCUGUAGUCGGGACUCUUUAUUAUGACACAGCUCACUUGCUGGAAAUCAAAGUGAGACUAGGACUCCAAUUGAGGCUUGAAAAUGAUUUCUUUCCCCACCCUCCUUUCUUUAAAGAGGAGAAACAGAAGCUGAAGAAGCUCCCACCUAAUCGUGUUGGUGCCAACUUCGAUCACACCUCUCAGACAGGAGAAGGGUGGCUCCCCUCCUUUGGGCGGGUUUGGAACCAUGGCAGGAGGUGGCAGUCCAGGUAAGCCUCUGUGCACAUUUGCUUCCUUUAUAAUGUAUCUGUAUUUAACGGUGGACAAUACAGCAGCUUUUACAUGGUAGGCUCUGUAGCUGGCUCUCUAGCACCUUGGGCUCUUACAAAGAAAACCAGAUGUGGGGAUCUUUGGUUGAAUCCUACAAGGCACUUAUUCCCAAACGUUUAGCACAUAGUAGUUGAGUCUUUGACCCCAGCAUUUUGAACAUACACUGGCUUUGUAAAAUGAACGCUUUCUGGUUGGCCACAGAAACUUUAGUUUCAUCUUUAAGUAGAGUACUUGUUACUGAAGUUAUCUGUCCUGGUAUAUUAUUUCUUUUUUUUUUAACUGACCUGUGUCACUUCCCUCCACUUUCAUUAAUUGACAAAAUGGCAAGAAGUGCCUUUUAUUAGUUAUGGCUGUUUCUAAAUAUAGUCUGCCCAGUGCUGCAUGCUCAGAUAACCGGGAGUCUUGAUUACUAUAAUCUGUUUCCAUAGAACUACCUUUGAAUAAUGGUCCAGAAAAUUUAGCUUGUUUUUUUCUGGACCUAUGCAGCAACACCUAUUCUGCAAGAUCUGCACAGGCUGCCAAUACGUUACUGGGCCCAAUUUAAGGUUUCAUUAUUGAUACGUAGAGCCUUUAAGUCUCUGAUGGUGUACAUUUCUCUUUAUCACCUGCCCUGAGAUCAGGGUAGAGGACUUCUUGCUGAACAGUGAUAGAGCCUUCCCUGUACUCUAGUAGAAUUCCCCCCUUUGCAAAUGUCAAUUGCUUCUACUUUGUCUUUCACGGUCAGGUCAAAACACACCUGCUUAUCCAGGCCUUUGGUGAAUUUGAUCUAACACUUUGAAAAAUAUAUGGUAUGGGAGUUUAUUCUCCCCCUGCCCCCAAUUAAAAUGAUAAUUGGCAAUACACUCAUUUGUAAGGGAAUGAACAUGGUGGCUCUGCAACUGAUGUGGUGGCUGGUUCAUUCUUUUAAGCUUUUAUUAACCAUACUUUUUCUAGACAUCAGUUCAAAUCUGAAGCACAGAAACAUCCUGGCCCUAAAAGGAAACGGCAAAAAACUGACUGAAGGGAAGAAAGGCCUGAUUCAAUUACAGAAGGUUGUGCAGCCUGAGAAGACGCCAGAUGAAGACUUUUCUUUUUGAACAUUCUGUAUGUCAGCAAGUAUCAUGUGGUUAUUCUGUAGUAAAGUAUCAUUAAAUAUAAAAUGUGUUUUACAAUUCCA